AUGACCAUGAGUUUGGUUGGCAAUGUGGUGGUGGUGGGGUCGUGCCUCAUCCCUGUGUUCGACAGCACUAAGUCACCACCAACGCUAAUUGUGGGUGGGCUACAGCUUCGCCUACGUCAUGGCCUUCCCAACCCACCCCAUGGCUUGGAGAACCUCAAACCCAGUGACAUGGACCUUAAUGAACAUAUUCCAGCUGCCUCCGUUUGCAUCCGGUUACUCCCCGCUACUCAGGAUCAUGUGUCAGCGCCUCCCUAUGAAUCCGGCUACUACAGGAGUUCAGACUGUCAACCCACCGACACCGAUCGUCGACUCUUCCGCCACUACAUCCACAAGGAGGACUACAAGAGCAGCACGGUGAGCGACACCAUAAAGAGGGCUCAGGAGAGUGCUGGUAAGACAGUGUCCACUGAUGACGACGAACUUCAGAAAUACAUGGAGGAGACCUUAGACUGGCGGGUACAGACCAAGAAAACAAAGGCACCACCUCCAGACAUUGACUAUGUCCACUUCAUCCACUAUGACAUUAAGGCAGGGUUUAAGGCAGUCGUCCUGGGUGUGUUUGGUCUGCCAGAACAACUGGAGGGCCACUACUGCCAUGUUUACUGCCAUGUCCUCCCGGGGAAGGACAUUGAGGACCAGCCAUCCACACCUGAAGGCCAUGGCAAUGAUCAGCGUUUCAUCACAAGGAAUGCUGACUUCCUCUCAUAUCAGCGUGCACCACAGUGGCUUGAUGAUCCAGUGAGUCUCCACCCAUACUAUGAUGAGCAGUCCAUCCUGUUUGUGCAGGUGUUUGGGUUCCAACCUAAGUACCUCCCAGGUAAUGGCUCCUCACCUGGCAAGGUCACCACCAGAGAUGGCCAGGAUGUCAGCUUCGACUUCAAUGAGCCUCUUGCCUGGACCUUCACCCAGAUUUUUAACAAUGGGUCAGCAAUGAGUGGGUUACAUUGGUUGCCACUGCUGGCUGGCCACCCUGACCCUCUCCUGCUCACCUCACUGAGUGAAUCUGCCCCAGCAGCUCAGGUCCUCAUUCGUAACAAAUCUUACCUGAAACCCCUUGAUGGUGCAUCUAUUGAAGUGAAAUUGUGGGAUGGUCACCUGGACCCCUUGGAUAUGAGAGAAAUUCGAUUGGAGGGCAUGAUUGAAGCCAUGGGCAACACAGCCAAGUGCACCAGGGGCCAAAUACAGAAGUUCAAUAAAACUCUUGAUGAGUUUUACCUGGAGAACAUGGACGAGGCAGAUAAGAAGAACGGCACCAUCGGCGAGAAGUUUGAUGAGGAACGUGAUUUAUUUGAACAAGAGGCCAACAAGGUGUUCUUCAAAGCAAUGGAUGCUGCAUUGGACGAAGCUUGUUACCCAUUGCUACCUCCAGAACCAUAAUGAAUGUCCAGAACCAUAAUGAAUGUAAGCAUGUACUGUAUAUUGCAAAUA